AUGGAGAGAAUGAGCAGGCUGUGCGUCGCUGUCCUGGUUCUGGUGGUUCUGAAGUUUUCCUUGCCCUGCCCCGAAGAGUGUUUCGAGUGGGAGAAAAACAGUAGGAAUAACUGCCAGUGCCCGAGGCAGCAUGUCGAAAUCACUAUGAAGUGCUACUCAAGCCGAGGCCAAGCGGUUGCCGCUAACAGUGUUUGCAGUGCAGAAAAUCAAGGCCUGACGUGUCUAAAUGGCGUUCCUACCGGGUUUAACCAGUCCGUCAUUGGAAUCCACCUGAACAACCUGUUCAACCUCACUACCCUCACUAAACACGACAUUCCGCCGUUACGCAGCCUCAUUAGAUUAAAUAUAAUCGGCAGCACCAUCCAAACAAUCGAAGCGGGUGCGUUCUCCUCCGUACCGGCCAUACAAUGGAUCACCAUCAAGUGUAGCCGCCUCCAGCAUAUCGGUGACGCCACCUUCGCCAACCUCUCCAAGUUAAAGGGAAUCUUUCUAUAUUAUAACCUCAUCGAACCGACAGAAAACAUUCGAAAAACAACUUCUGCCUGCACGGAACAGGCGAAGAAAACAACAUCUGGUAUCAUGGACAGUACCCGCAGCAUCACUUUGGAGAAGAAUCUUGAUGACGGACAGCAAUCUCGUACGGACUAUAUCUACAUACCUAUCGGACUUACCGUCGGCGUGAUAGUUCUGCUAGGUGGGACGGCAGUUGCGGUUAUAAUGUACAAGCGACACGUGUCAAAGGGAAGACAAAAUCCGGUCCACGGGCAGCAAGGCGUCAUCAUCAGUACUCAACUCAUCAGCAAUCGGAUGUACCAACCCUCCGGAUCUGCCACUGGUGACGACAGGGACAAGGAAGAGACAGACGAAACUGAAGAGGGUUCAGCAAGACAGAAUCCGGUCAACAAACGGCACAAAGUCAUCAUCGAUACAUCUCUACUCAUCUCUAAUCAGAUGUACACAUCGUCUGCAUCAUCUGCCAACAGCGCCAAUCAGAACACACUUAUGACAGAAGAAACUGAGGAGGAUUCGGCAAGACAGAAUCCCGUCCAUAAACUACACGGAUUCACCAUCGACACAUCUCAGAUGAUCUCCAAUCGGAUGUACAAGACGUCUGCAUCAUCUGCCAACAGCGCCAAUCAGGACACAGAAACGAUAGAAGGACCUGAAGAGAACUCGGAGCUGACACCAUACCUCACGGUACCUCUUGAUGCCAUCAACAACGACCUGCGCAUCGAACCGUACAGCAGUGUGGAUUUGGACGACAUCAGCAGCAACGAAGAAAUGAACGACGACUUGCAUUUGGCUCCAUCGCCUGAACACCAAGACGAAGAUGACAUGGAACCGUACGUAAUCACACCUUUGGAUCAAAUUGGCGAUCCUUAAGCUGAUAUUGCAUCGAAACAACGUGCCAAAAUAACCGAGCACGACACAGUUAG